GGAAGAACGAAGAUGAGGAACGGCGGUACCUCGAGAUCUCGGAUUGUCAGUUGGUGGUCAGCCGUCACGUAGGGAGGACGUGGUAGUGUCCCGCUUCUUACCUUGCCUCGCCGCGUUUUACCUCACCGCGCUUCACCUCUUCUCGCUUCGGAUCGUCUCGUCUCGGUCACGGAAGAAGCAUCGUCUCUACGGUGACGCUUCGUAUACGACGUCCUUGCGCACCACGAGAAAUGAAUAAACACGAUGUAACUCAUAUUGGACUGGCUGUCGAUGGUGCGGCUCAAUAAUCCGUCCAUCUGACCAGAAUAAAACAAUAUCGUGUUUUUUCAAGAGUUAAUAACAAUAACAUUCCAUAAUGAACCGUCUUAGUGCACUGACCAGACAAUAGCAGCCGGUAUACAAAGAAUCAACCAAGCAGAGCAAGUAUUUUUCAAUUUACAAAAUAUAUUUCAAAUUAUUUUACAUAUUUGCAUAACAAUAUUUUUCAAAUAUCAGACGUUGUAUUCCUUUGCAACUUUAAGGAAUGCGAUUGCUUCAUUUCGUCCACAAAUUUGCUCGUGUUCGGUAACGUCGAUCACUGUCUAAUGGUGAUUGCAAAGGAGCAUUUUAAAUGAAAACGUCUUAACAUCAGAUUUUACUGGUGAAUAUAGUUAAUAAAAUCAUAGCAGCAUCUUCUCUUUACAAUGAGAAUGCGAAGAAUGCUUUGAUCUUCAUACAAUUAUUAUAUCAUCAGGAAAUGAUAUAAAAGUCUGACUCUCACAAGAAUCAACCUAUAUCACGAAUAACUCGAUCUAAAUUAAAAAUUCAAGACUUCAGAAAAUGACUUCCAUGUGUGGCAGCGGAAAAAGUCACGCCGUGAUGAAUGCCAGCGGUUAUUAUAGGCCUAGCCCUUACACCUAUCAAAGUGAUUAUUACUUAGCGCCAAGAUCCACUUGGUCCAGGGUAUCGAUAGCGCGUAGAAAUACUGAUACAUGGAAGUUUGGCAGUGCCAUGUUAAUUAUAUCUGCUAUGUUAGUAUUGAUUGCAGUACUGGCAAUUGCUGGAUUAGCUUUAUGGAUGGGUGCUUUCCGAACAGAUUCUAAAAAUGCUAUCGUUGGAUUUUCGUGUAGCUUCAGAAUAGUAAGAGGCGAAAAAUAUAAUCCUAUGUUGAAAUUGAACACGAGUAUGGUCUUUCGAGAAAAAGAACGAAAAUUUAAAAAUAUCUUCGAACUUUUAUUUAGGAGAAGUGUACUCGCUUCAGCCUACAAGCGAACCACAAUAGAUAAGUUUGAAAACGGGACUUUAAAAGUUUUCUUCAGAUUAUAUCUCGAUCGAAGGAAGAUACCGCGCUCGAUCACAAAUAUUGAAGAUACCAUUCAAGAUAUUAUCGUCAAAGAAACGUAUUCAAUCUCAUCCUUGUUCAAAGACAUGGAGUUAGAUCUUACGACCAUAUCAGUGAAAAGAAUAAAUCAGGAAGGUAUUAUAAAUCAGAAACAAGGACAACAGAAACAUACUAUGAUCACUAAAAAUGGUCUAUUACGGCCAAAUAGAAACAGCAGUUUGAUUGUUAAUUCAAAGCCAAAAACGAAACCAAUUAGGACUGACUCCAACGAGCCCAAUAUAGACUUCAACAAUAUCCCAACCAUCCAGGGCACCUAUAGAGCAACGAAAGUUAAUGUUACCGCAGAAAAUGCAACUAAAGGAACAUCCGAAUCGAUGGAAGAUAAUGAAAGACAAGCCGCUACUAGGAGAACACCAUUAUAUAAACAUAUCACGACGCCGUACAAAGUAUCCAAUUUCGAAGAAUCUUCUCCAACAGACGAACCAACAUUUUUCACAAAAUCCGCGACAACUACGCUUAACAAAAAUAAAUCCACUGAAAAAGAGGAAAAUAAAAUGAAAACUGAGUCUUUAAGAACCACAACCGUUCGAAGCGAUUUGGAUAUUUUUAAAGACUUUCAUCACCCAGACUUCGAGAAUAAUUCACCGUGGAAACCAAUCGUGCCGGGAUAUAACAAUACGGAAUUUAGAUUUCCAUCUCACGAUGACGUCAGAGAAGUUAUAGAAUCGAGUACACGGAGAAUUUUUUCAACGACGAGCGAUUCUCGUGAUAAGGCAAGGAUACCUAACGUUGGAACCAGCACAACGGUGCCGGAGUUGUUAUUAAGUUCUGUCAACUUUCGCGAUGUUCCCGAGAUGAAUACUUUCGAUACGGACAAUACUGAUUUUCCACGGGAUAGACUCGUUCCAAGUCUGGCAGUGUCCAGACCAAACGACAACGAAAAACUGGACAUCGAAGUAGCCGGACGGCUGCCCUCGGAAAUGUACAAUGUCAAAUUAAGAGCCUCCUCGGGGCAGGACGGAGGAAUUUCCAGUUCUGAGAUGACUCGCAGAGUUUCCGAGAGUUUUGUUUCAACAAAAGGUAAUGCCUUUCCACAUAAGCGAGAUCCAAACGCAACUGACAAGACAGACACAAUGUUCGAUGAUGCAGCGUCGACAAGAGUGGAAACUGAUGAUACAUUUAAAUUGCGGGACGACGACGAAAAAAUUGCAAACGAUUCGCUUAGCAGCGGCAUCGGCGUAGCGGAACCUGUACCAGAUAUGGAAGUCGAAUUGGAAGCGAAGACUCGAAAAGGGAGCGAAGUUCUGGCAUCGGCCACGGACAAGGAAGACACGUUGCGCAAUAGGAAAGUUAACGUUAAUCAGCAGCAACCGAUUUAUACCAGUUACAACACUCCUGAUCUGAAUGGCGGCAGUCUCGGAUCCGGUUUGAUCGAGGAUUCGGCAACUAUGAAACCCUUCAGACACACGAUACCAGUUGACAAAAUCACGUCCGUCGUAAAUUACAGCGACGACGUUCCUCUUCAUAACUUGGACGCUCUGUCUCUCUCGGAUGGCGUGAUUACUGAUGUGAAAUUAUCCCAAGAUAAAAUUCUGACGCCACCAAAGGAAAUCAUCAGAGUGGAAACUUAUGUUACAGAUGACAUGAUAGCUGAACUGCCAAGUUACGAACGAAUUACAUCGACAGAGCCAAACAUCGUGCAACCCGUGAAAGGUGAUAAUAAAUUGUCGCACUUUAGCAUUACCGAGAGUUAUACGGAACCAAAAUUAAUCGCCAAAGAUUCAGAAGGUAAAAAGGGCAUAUCGAGAAACUCGACGUUCGUCGAAAUCGACAUUGUCAAGCACACGCCCGGCGAGUCGGAAGAAAACUGGGAAUCGCAUGCGGAUGAAGUGACAGACAGUAACAACGGGUUACAAAAAAAGAAGAUUUAUAACGAAACUCUAAAGGCCUACGUGGUGGAAAAUUUCGUGACGUUGGCACCAAUCAAGAGCAACGUCGGGGUCGGUAGGCCAGUACGACCGAGACCAAAAAUUGACUCCCCUAAUGACACUACUCUUCUGGAGGAACUAUUUGGAGUACGCGAUUACAUGCACGACAGAGAUACGACGAAGGCUGAAUCUGCCAUCUCUAAAUCCUCCUCCUCGCACACGAUUCAGAAUUCUACGAAACCCAAUGGGAAUGAAUCUUCAAAUCAUAACAGCACUAUAGUCGAACAGAUAGUCGAAGUUGUGACUUCCAUCAGCACCAGAGUGUCGUCCAGCAUUAAGGGCGAUCCAGUUAUCUUGAAGUUUAUCGUCGCCAAUUCUACCACUAAACCAGUCGAUUAUUCGGAGAAAAUGUCAACGGAUAACGAAGCAAAUAAAUCAUUCGAAUUGAUUUCUGAUACAACGGAAAAAAUAUUUCCGGUUCAAAAGUGGCCGUUAUCAGCGGCAAAUCUAAGGACUUUGCAGGCAUCGGAUAGAAAAAUGUUGGCGCUCGAAGAGAAGGACAGAAUCCUUCUAGAAAAGCUCAAGCAACUUGCCGAAAUCAAAAUGAAUAACGAUGACCCCACGGGCGUACAAAUUACUAAGAAUAGCACAAAUUCAAGCCCCGAAAUAUUACAAGACUUCGCGUCAUUAAAUAUUGAGAAUUUAAAAAAAAUCGCCGAUGUCGUGACUGGAAAUGAGACUCUAAAGAACGCCAGUUUAGGAUUAACAUUGAGUAGGGAUGGGAUAGAAAUAUUUACAAAAGUAUUAAAAAAGAAUGAAGAAGAGAACCGAACCGACGAGACACGUACAAUGUCAAUGAAUCGAAAAAUCAGCGAGACUCCUCUUAAUGAUAGCUGCGUCGGUUUUUUAUGUAGCGAUGGAAAAUGCUUAGACCGUAGCGCAAUUUGUAACAUGUUAGUAGAAUGUCCUAACGGUGCGGAAGACGAGGCUAAUUGCACAUGUGCUGAUUUCCUCAAGACACAGCUGUUAUAUCAAAAGAUUUGCGACGGUAUCGCCGACUGUUGGGAUUACUCGGACGAGAGCGAUUGCGAUUGGUGCGAGAAAGGACAAUUCGUAUGCGGUAACAGCAAAUUCUGCGUUGACACAGAUAAAGUAUGCAACGGUAUCAGUGACUGUCCCGGCGGUGAAGAUGAGAAAAAAUGCACCGCUUUGAUAGACGACGAACUGGAAGAAGACACUGAACCGCAAAUCGAUCUUGCUUCAACGGAAGAUCUAUCAAAAAAUACUUCCGAGAUAGUCAAAGAAUCCCAUUUCGAUCGAGCGGUCGAAUCCUCUUUUAUAGACACAACUACAUUACACAUUCUUCCUGAUGAUGUCCAAUCUGAAAGGUUGAUGAAGAACAAUUUACCUGCGAAGUUAGUUCAUCAGGAAUCAACGCAGACUAAAGAUGUAGAUGAGAGUAAAGCCAUGGUUGCUGUUUCCAGCAGAGAGGCAUCUUCGAAUGUUUUAAGGAAUGGUUUAACUCCUGGAGAUAAUUUGCACGCCAGAAAUAAUAGAACUUUCUCAAUAACGAAUGAUGCUCAUAACAAAGAGGUAGACAAUUAUAACAACAAAGGAUAUCUCAGUAUACGUAAAAAUGGUGUAUGGGGAAAACUUUGUCUUCCCAUUGACACGAAUAGUCAAGAGAAACACGUGCGUCGAGCUGUAUGGUCUGUCGAGGAUCUUGCUAAAGCUGCAUGCAAGGCAAUCACGUAUCAAGAUUACGAAAUGGUACAAAAAGUGUUGGAUCAAAACCCGCCGCCAAAUCAGUUUUACUACACUUUGUCAUACAACGAGAAGUCAUCAGAUUUUUCUGAUAGGACAGCUUUAUCCCUUUCUUUUUUCCAAUCAUCUCAGUGUCCGAGCGGCGAGGUUCUUAAAGUAAGAUGCAAAAAUUUCGAAUGCGGGAUAAGAACCCAAGUGGCAUCCACAGCGAGGAUUGUUGGCGGUGCUAGCAGUUCCGUGGGCAAUUGGCCCUGGCAGAUAGCGCUGUACAGAGAAGGCAAUUAUCAAUGCGGCGGUGCUUUAGUGCACGAGAGAUGGGUUAUAUCUGCUGCACACUGCUUUUAUCACGCGCAGGAUAACUAUUGGGUCGCGAGGAUCGGUGCGACUCGUAGAGGAAGUUUCCGAAGUCCGCAUGAGCAGCUCUUGCGAGUGGAUUACAUAUCAUUGCAUCCGGAUUACAUUGACAAUGGAUUUGUCAAUGAUAUAGCUGUGAUAAGACUCGAGCGAGCCGUUAGCUUCAGCGAUUAUAUUCGACCGGUAUGCCUCCCAAAAGCACCAGUCGCUAGUGGAACUAUCUGUGUAGUGACCGGAUGGGGGCAAUUAUAUGAAAUUGGCAGAAUAUUCCCUGAUACUUUGCAAGAAGUACAAAUUCCGGUGAUAUCGACGGAAGAUUGUCGACGAAAAACUCUGUUUCUACCGCUUUAUAGAAUUACGUCUGGCAUGCUCUGUGCAGGAUUGGAAAAAGGUGGAAAGGAUGCUUGUCUUGGAGACAGUGGAGGGCCUUUGGUUUGCUUGUCUCCUUUUGAAAAUCGUUAUGUCUUACAAGGUAUCACCUCGAAUGGAUAUGGAUGUGGAAGGCGAGAACGUCCCGGCGUAUAUACGAAAAUUUAUAAUUAUAUCGAUUUCAUCAAUGAAGUCAUCACGCAAAAAGACAUUCAAUCUUCUCCAGUAGAAUAUUGCAAGGGUCACAGAUGCCCUCUUGGAGAAUGUUUACCUAGAUCACGUGUCUGUAAUGGAUUUUUAGAAUGCUCCGACGGCAGUGAUGAACGAGAUUGUUCCAUAAUCUCGCGAUAAUAUAAGACUGAUACGUCAAUAUAUAAAUGUAAAUGCAAUUUAUAUAAGCAAUGCUAAUGCGAUCUGAUAGAUAAGAUAUAAAUAGAUAGUCUCGUUGAAGGUAAACUCACGUGAUUGUAUAUAACUUAUACGUUGUAUUAAUGUUAUUAAUCAUUUCAAAGGCAGUACUUGCUUUCUCAAGUUUUACAUCAUACAUUGUUUUAUAUCAAUUAUUUUUCUGUAUUUAAAAAAUAUAGUAAUAUCAACUCGCAGUCACUGCGAGUUUAGCGAUCAUAUAAAUAUAGUAUGCAGUUAGCAACACGCAGUUAAUCAAAAUUGUUUGAAAAGAAUAAGCCGAUGAAAAAGAUAGGAUCAUAUUUUGAAUGACGUGUUUAAUUUAAUACGUAAAGAUAAGUUACAAAAACAGAUGUGAUAGGAGUUCCAUAUUCUUUCAUAUUAUUAAAUUACGUGUUGAUUAUAGAUGUAUCUAUGAUGAGAUAGAAUUAAUAUUAGGCAGCAAAACUUGAUAGACUGUUGUGAAAUCUUCUAUUAAUUUUUUUUGUGAAUAUAUCUAUAAGAAAAGCAUUCUUUUAAUUGUAAUUCUUUUUUAGUUCUAAGUCUUCAUUCUUUAAUUCUGAAAUGAAUUCUAUUUUAAACAAAUUGUAUAUAUUUAAAAAUACAAAAAAUUUAAUUAUUAUUUUUCGGAAUGUUGCAAAUCGUCCUCAAUGUCAUGUUAUUAAUACACAGUGUAAUCACGUUUUCUACACAAGUAAUUAUACAAAUUGAAACCUGACUCGAGAUUUAUAUUAGCUCUACUUUUAAACAGAUAUCUUAAGUUAUGUUAUUGACAAAAUUUGAUUAAAUGAAAAGAGUCUAGUCUACAAUAUAAGAAGACACGACUUAUCUUCAUAAUAAUAUGUAAA